AUGCGUCAAAAGAGCUUUGCCAUAAAUGAUGAGAUUACCACUUUUGAAUGGUCAGAAAAGCACGAGUUCACUGGAACACGAGUCUCCGCAUUGGAAUGGUCAGAGACACACGAGUUCACUGGAACAGGAGUCUCCGCCGUGGAAUGGUCAGAGACACACGAGUUCACUGGAACAGGAGUCUCCGCCGUGGAAUGGUCAGAGAAGCACGAGUUCACUGGGACACGAGUCUCCGUUGUGGAAUGGUCAGAGAAGCACGAGUUCACUGGGACACGAGUCUCCGUAGUGGAAUGGUCAGAGAAGCACGAGUUCACUGGAACAGGAGUCUCCGUCGUGGAAUGGUCAGAGAAGUACGAGUUCACUGGGACACGAGUCUCCGUCGUGGAAUGGUCAGAGAAGCACGAGUUCACUGGGACACGAGUCUCCGUCGUGGAAUGGUCAGUGGUCUCCGCCGUUGAAUGGUCAGUGAAGCACGAGUUCACUAGGACACGAGUCACCGCCUUGGAAUGA